AUGGCGUCUGUGUUUGGUCAAUUCCUUACGCACGAUAUAAUUUUGACAUUGCAUGACGGAAAUGAAGUCUGUGACGACCGGUGUAGUGAUCUUACCACAGAAUGCUUCGGGAUCACCAUUGCAAACAUAUCAAACGACCCUGUUUUCACUGAAUGCAUUCCAAUGACGCGCGCCUCAAGGUGUCAGUUUAAGGGUGUACAAGAGCAAAUUAACAGUGCCACUGCCUUCAUAGACGCCUCACAAGUCUACGGAAACAACGAGGAGGAAGUGGAAAGAGUACGCGAUAUGAACUCACUGAAUGGUCUUCUUCGCACAACCUGUCAUAAUGAGGCCGUUAAGCCACUCUUACCUCAGCUACAAGCUGAUGAUCCUAAAGUAUUUUGCCGCUCAUACAGCAAUAAGACUCCCUGCUUUUACACAGGAGACUAUAAAAGGAAUAAUGUUAGUCCAGCUUUAGCUGCCAUGCACACUAUUUGGGUGAGAGAACACAACAGGAUUGCCUUAGAACUGCGUGAGAUAAACCCCCACUGGGAUAAAGAACGGCUUUUUCAAGAAACAAGGAAAAUCAUAGGAGCUAUGAUGCAGCAUAUAUCAUAUAGCGAGUACCUCCCAACUAUACUCAGUAAACAAAUGCUUCAAGAUUACGAACUGAAUCCAAACCAGCCAUGGAAAUACGACCAAUUCGCUGACGCCUCCAUUGCGAACAGCUUUGGAGCCGCAGCGCUAAGGUUUGGUCACAGUACUGUUGGCAAUAUGUACACAAGGCCUGAUUUCUUUGAUAUGCCCAUAGACGAUAUGCACAACCCGACUCCUCUGUACAAUUUACAGCAGGGAGGUGUGGAUAGUAUCUUGAAUGGAAUGCUGGAACAAUCUGCCAGGAAAAUUGAUAGGUUCUUUUCAUGGGCGUUAACAAUGAAAUUAAAGCCUGGACCGGGAGUCACCGCUGAUCUUGUAGCAAUAAAUAUCCAGCGAGGCAGAGACCAUGGCCUUCCACCAUAUGUCAAGUUCAGGGACCACUUUCACGUGAGUAAAAGAAGCAUUCCAAACGAGCUCAAGUCUGAGCUGAUAAAUCUGUAUGGUGAUCUUGACGAUGUGGAUUUGUAUGUUGGUGGACUCCUGGAAACCCCUGUUGCAGACGGGGCAAUGGGGCCGACCUUCUCUCACAUUUUAGCCGAAGGAUUCAAAAAUCUGCGAAAAGGGGAUCGUUUUUGGUACCAAAACUUGGACUCGCCAACCGGAUUUAAUUCUGAUCAACUGAAGGAGAUAAAGAAAGCUUCUCUUGCUAAAAUCAUCUGCGACAACAGCGAUGCGAUAUAUAGAAUUCAGCGCAUGGCCAUGUUAAAAGAAGGUUCGGGA